AUGACAGAUAUUAGUCGACAACGUAGUUCACAUGGCGGAGUAGUUUUAAGAGAACAAGAUAUUGUUUGUAUGCAUAGUCCAUUAUUAAGACUACGUGAUCAUGAACGGCAAAUGGACCAUUUACGUGCACAAUCUGAACUGGCUGGAACUCAUAUGACAAAUUAUUUACGUGAAAUCGAUGCAGAUCAAAAACGAGUUGAUCAUGAAUUAUCGUUGAUAGAUCAGUUACAACAUGAGAGUCAGUCUCAGUUGGAUCAAUUGAUAAAUCGUGUGAAAAGAUGGAGUAGCCGAUAUGAACAUGAACCGAAUGUUGAUUCUAGUAUAACCAAUUCUAGAAUAAGUUCUAGUUUAAAAUCUAGUACAAUAUCUGACAAUUGGACAGGUAAUAAUCAAAUGUAUCCAAUAGAUGCAAGAUCACCUCAAUCUAUAGUGAGAGAAACAUCACGAUUAUCGUCUAGAACAAGAUCAGAAUCAAUUCCAUGUCCAGUACUUGAUGCUAUUACACAAAUUGGUGUUACAACCAAAACAUCAGGGACUCAAAUUUCUGAUGACGACGGUGAUGGUGGACGUAAUAAAAUAGAUUUAUAUGUAUCUAAAAGACAAUUUGUGCCAGCGACCAUUCCUGAAAAAAAACAAGUAAGAAAUGCAAUAACUCAAAUUGGAGUUUCAAAAGUCGAUGCAGGCACACAAGAUGACUAUCAUGGAUACAGUCCUAAGCGUUCAGUUAAAGAAGUAUUAUGUCAAAUAGGUCAAAUUACAGCGAAUGCUUCAUGUCAAACAUUAGAACAUUACAAGCUGCAACAAACGCUUAAAAAGCCAACUUUGGAUGCGAUAGUUCAAUCUGGUGUUAUCACUAAGAAUAAUUCCACUCAGUCGGAAAGCAUCACAGAAACCGUUGUGAAAAUGGAGGUACAUGAAUCACAAAAAGGUGCACGAAAAUACAGCGUACUAGAUGCUAUCUGUCAAAUAGGACAGGUUACACAAACAAUUGGAACACAAGUAGAAAUAGAGAAUACAGAAAGAAAUAAGAAAAAUCUUGGAGUACAAGCAGAAAUCAAAAAUGUAUGGCAACAACCAGUGAAAACAACUGAAGCCGCAUGUCAAAUAGGUAGGAUAACAAUAAACGCAAGUACGGAGAUGUCAUCAAUGCUCAUCAGUAAUGAACAAAUGAUAAGACAAGAUAUGAAGAAAAGUGAUAUAAUGUGUCAAAUAGGAAAGGUUCAAAUAGCACAAUCAACACAGGCCGACUUAAUUAAGCAUAUGUUACGCAAACCAUCGUCCGAUGUAGUAUGUCAAGUAGGAAGUGUUAUGGAAUCUUCAGGGAUCCAGAUAGAUGAACCUCAUAAAACUUCAAUGUUACUAGCGGGAACUCAAAGUGCCAAAACACCAACAAACACUAAGGAGAUUCAGACAGAUAUGGGAUUCCGAGUGGAACCGAAGUUUGUGUCGAAGGCUGUCAACGAUGUUAUAUGUCAGGUUGGUCAGGUAAACCAUGAAGUAUCCACACAGUCAGUUGAACAUGUCACCGCUAGACCAGCAUACAAGGAUACUGGCAUUGACCCGAUUCACGUGUGGGAAAAGAAGAUGGCCAACGAUGUCGUCACACAAACAGGGAUUGUCCACACAUCGAAAAUAACACAAGCUGAACUGAUACAAGAACAACCGGUGUAUGUGAAGCCAAUAGAAACACAGGAUGUACCGAUAACAUCGUACAAAGAAACCGUAGAUGCCUACCAACAGGCCGACUUAAUUAAGCAUAUGUUACGCAAACCAUCGUCCGAUGUAGUAUGUCAAGUAGGAAGUGUUAUGGAAUCUUCAGGGAUCCAGAUAGAUGAACCUCAUAAAACUUCAAUGUUACUAGCGGGAACUCAAAGUGCCAAAACACCAACAAACACUAAGGAGAUUCAGACAGAUAUGGGAUUCCGAGUGGAACCGAAGUUUGUGUCGAAGGCUGUCAACGAUGUUAUAUGUCAGGUUGGUCAGGUAAACCAUGAAGUAUCCACACAGUCAGUUGAACAUGUCACCGCUAGACCAGCAUACAAGGAUACUGGCAUUGACCCGAUUCACGUGUGGGAAAAGAAGAUGGCCAACGAUGUCGUCACACAAACAGGGAUUGUCCACACAUCGAAAAUAACACAAGCUGAACUGAUACAAGAACAACCGGUGUAUGUGAAGCCAAUAGAAACACAGGAUGUACCGAUAACAUCGUACAAAGAAACCGUAGAUGCCUACCAACAGGCCGACUUAAUUAAGCAUAUGUUACGCAAACCAUCGUCCGAUGUAGUAUGUCAAGUAGGAAGUGUUAUGGAAUCUUCAGGGAUCCAGAUAGAUGAACCUCAUAAAACUUCAAUGUUACUAGCGGGAACUCAAAGUGCCAAAACACCAACAAACACUAAGGAGAUUCAGACAGAUAUGGGAUUCCGAGUGGAACCGAAGUUUGUGUCGAAGGCUGUCAACGAUGUUAUAUGUCAGGUUGGUCAGGUAAACCAUGAAGUAUCCACACAGUCAGUUGAACAUGUCACCGCUAGACCAGCAUACAAGGAUACUGGCAUUGACCCGAUUCACGUGUGGGAAAAGAAGAUGGCCAACGAUGUCGUCACACAAACAGGGAUUGUCCACACAUCGAAAAUAACACAAGCUGAACUGAUACAAGAACAACCGGUGUAUGUGAAGCCAAUAGAAACACAGGAUGUACCGAUAACAUCGUACAAAGAAACCGUAGAUGCCUACCAACAGGCCGACUUAAUUAAGCAUAUGUUACGCAAACCAUCGUCCGAUGUAGUAUGUCAAGUAGGAAGUGUUAUGGAAUCUUCAGGGAUCCAGAUAGAUGAACCUCAUAAAACUUCAAUGUUACUAGCGGGAACUCAAAGUGCCAAAACACCAACAAACACUAAGGAGAUUCAGACAGAUAUGGGAUUCCGAGUGGAACCGAAGUUUGUGUCGAAGGCUGUCAACGAUGUUAUAUGUCAGGUUGGUCAGGUAAACCAUGAAGUAUCCACACAGUCAGUUGAACAUGUCACCGCUAGACCAGCAUACAAGGAUACUGGCAUUGACCCGAUUCACGUGUGGGAAAAGAAGAUGGCCAACGAUGUCGUCACACAAACAGGGAUUGUCCACACAUCGAAAAUAACACAAGCUGAACUGAUACAAGAACAACCGGUGUAUGUGAAGCCAAUAGAAACACAGGAUGUACCGAUAACAUCGUACAAAGAAACCGUAGAUGCCUACCAACAGGCCGACUUAAUUAAGCAUAUGUUACGCAAACCAUCGUCCGAUGUAGUAUGUCAAGUAGGAAGUGUUAUGGAAUCUUCAGGGAUCCAGAUAGAUGAACCUCAUAAAACUUCAAUGUUACUAGCGGGAACUCAAAGUGCCAAAACACCAACAAACACUAAGGAGAUUCAGACAGAUAUGGGAUUCCGAGUGGAACCGAAGUUUGUGUCGAAGGCUGUCAACGAUGUUAUAUGUCAGGUUGGUCAGGUAAACCAUGAAGUAUCCACACAGUCAGAGAUUCCUUCAAUUAUUUCAGUGGGAGUAGAUCCAAGAGCAGAAAUUGCUGUAAGGCACCUAGGUUCAUACCAAGUGCCACCAAACAUAGAGCGUCAAAGCAGACAAGUACAGGCAGAUAUCAAACAGGCAUUUAAACAUAUAAAUAUACAAACAGAAGAGAUAACUAGAGAAAAUGUAAUAUCAACGAACUUGGUGACGGCGAAACAGAAAGAAACCUUUGAGGUAACGACUCAAUUCGGUAUAUUAACAAAAGAUAAAGACGUUGAAACAUUCGUAAAAUUCAGUUCAAAAGAAACACAAACCAUAGAAAGUUCACCGGAAGCUGAAGUAAAAAUGAGGAGCCAACAAACGUUCACUCGAAUAAGGAGUAAAAAUUAUGACGUACAAACACAGUCAGGGACGAUAAAUAUUUCCCAAGCAUUCCAGACAUUAUUAGAUUACAAGCCAACAACAGAAAAACGAUCAACCGGAAUGCAGCACGAAAUGGAUUUCAGAGUGGUGCAAACUACGCAUCAUGAACCACAAACACAAGAAACACCGACACAAACUGAGAGAGUGGCAUUAAAAGAUGAACAAUCAUUUACGUCAUUCAAAUUGAAAACAUACGAUGUUCAGACUCAGUUUGGAAGUAUGCUUAAGUCACAGGCAGCACAAACGCCAGGUGAACAGAGACCCGACGUCGAAAUGAAAGACAUGAUUACACAACACGAGAAACGUCCAGAACCAAUUGUACACAAAAAAUUACAAGCAAUGGUACAACCGACCACCAUUAACACAGAGACUCAGACGAUGGAAGAGAGACCACCACCGGUUAUCUUGCCACCAAAGUUAUUCGACGUUCAAACACAAUCAGGAUCAGUGACGAUAGAUUCAGAAACACAAACACCACAAGAACGUAGACCAGUAAUCGAAAUGAAAGAGUUGCUUACACAACACGAGAAACGUCCAGAACCAAUUGUACACAAAAAAUUACAAGCAAUGGUACAACCGACCACCAUUAACACAGAGACUCAGACGAUGGAAGAGAGACCACCACCGGUUAUCUUGCCACCAAAGUUAUUCGACGUUCAAACACAAUCAGGAUCAGUGACGAUAGAUUCAGAAACACAAACACCACAAGAACGUAGACCAGUAAUCGAAAUGAAAGAGUUGCUUACACAACACGAGAAACGUCCAGAACCAAUUGUACACAAAAAAUUACAAGCAAUGGUACAACCGACCACCAUUAACACAGAGACUCAGACGAUGGAAGAGAGACCACCACCGGUUAUCUUGCCACCAAAGUUAUUCGACGUUCAAACACAAUCAGGAUCAGUGACGAUAGAUUCAGAAACACAAACACCACUAGAACGUAGGCCAGUGGUUGCGACUAAAGAUGCAAGUGUACAUCAAGAAACAAAACCUGUUCAAUCAAUUCCCAAGAAGUUACAGGCUACAGUCGUCCCGCCAUUAGAAAACAUGGCUACACAAACAGGUUUAUUAGCACAACCUGUUGUCGUGCCCAUGGUGAAAACUACGCAUCAUGAACCACAAACACAAGAAACACCGACACAAACUGAGAGAGUGGCAUUAAAAGAUGAACAAUCAUUUACGUCAUUCAAAUUGAAAACAUACGAUGUUCAGACUCAGUUUGGAAGUAUGCUUAAGUCACAGGCAGCACAAACGCCAGGUGAACAGAGACCCGUCGUCGAAAUGAAAGACAUGAUUACACAACACGAGAAACGUCCAGAACCAAUUGUACACAAAAAAUUACAAGCAAUGGUACAACCGACCACCAUUAACACAGAGACUCAGACGAUGGAAGAGAGACCACCACCGGUUAUCUUGCCACCAAAGUUAUUCGACGUUCAAACACAAUCAGGAUCAGUGACGAUAGAUUCAGAAACACAAACACCACUAGAACGUAGGCCAGUGGUUGCGACUAAAGAUGCAAGUGUACAUCAAGAAACAAAACCUGUUCAAUCAAUUCCCAAGAAGUUACAGGCUACAGUCGUCCCGCCAUUAGAAAACAUGGCUACACAAACAGGUUUAUUAGCACAACCUGUUGUCGUGCCCAUGGUGAAAACUACGCAUCAUGAACCACAAACACAAGAAACACCGACACAAACUGAGAGAGUGGCAUUAAAAGAUGAACAAUCAUUUACGUCAUUCAAAUUGAAAACAUACGAUGUUCAGACUCAGUUUGGAAGUAUGCUUAAGUCACAGGCAGCACAAACGCCAGGUGAACAGAGACCCGUCGUCGAAAUGAAAGACAUGAUUACACAACACGAGAAACGUCCAGAACCAAUUGUACACAAAAAAUUACAAGCAAUGGUACAACCGACCACCAUUAACACAGAGACUCAGACGAUGGAAGAGAGACCACCACCGGUUAUCUUGCCACCAAAGUUAUUCGACGUUCAAACACAAUCAGGAUCAGUGACGAUAGAUUCAGAAACACAAACACCACAAGAACGUAGACCAGUAAUCGAAAUGAAAGAGUUGCUUACACAACACGAGAAACGUCCAGAACCAAUUGUACACAAAAAAUUACAAGCAAUGGUACAACCGACCACCAUUAACACAGAGACUCAGACGAUGGAAGAGAGACCACCACCGGUUAUCUUGCCACCAAAGUUAUUCGACGUUCAAACACAAUCAGGAUCAGUGACGAUAGAUUCAGAAACACAAACACCACUAGAACGUAGGCCAGUGGUUGCGACUAAAGAUGCAAGUGUACAUCAAGAAACAAAACCUGUUCAAUCAAUUCCCAAGAAGUUACAGGCUACAGUCGUCCCGCCAUUAGAAAACAUGGCUACACAAACAGGUUUAUUAGCACAACCUGUUGUCGUGCCCAUGGUGAAAACUACGCAUCAUGAACCACAAACACAAGAAACACCGACACAAACUGAGAGAGUGGCAUUAAAAGAUGAACAAUCAUUUACGUCAUUCAAAUUGAAAACAUACGAUGUUCAGACUCAGUUUGGAAGUAUGCUUAAGUCACAGGCAGCACAAACGCCAGGUGAACAGAGACCCGUCGUCGAAAUGAAAGACAUGAUUACACAACACGAGAAACGUCCAGAACCAAUUGUACACAAAAAAUUACAAGCAAUGGUACAACCGACCACCAUUAACACAGAGACUCAGACGAUGGAAGAGAGACCACCACCGGUUAUCUUGCCACCAAAGUUAUUCGACGUUCAAACACAAUCAGGAUCAGUGACGAUAGAUUCAGAAACACAAACACCACAAGAACGUAGACCAGUAAUCGAAAUGAAAGAGUUGCUUACACAACACGAGAAACGUCCAGAACCAAUUGUACACAAAAAAUUACAAGCAAUGGUACAACCGACCACCAUUAACACAGAGACUCAGACGAUGGAAGAGAGACCACCACCGGUUAUCUUGCCACCAAAGUUAUUCGACGUUCAAACACAAUCAGGAUCAGUGACGAUAGAUUCAGAAACACAAACACCACUAGAACGUAGGCCAGUGGUUGCGACUAAAGAUGCAAGUGUACAUCAAGAAACAAAACCUGUUCAAUCAAUUCCCAAGAAGUUACAGGCUACAGUCGUCCCGCCAUUAGAAAACAUGGCUACACAAACAGGUUUAUUAGCACAACCUGUUGUCGUGCCCAUGGUGAAAACUACGCAUCAUGAACCACAAACACAAGAAACACCGACACAAACUGAGAGAGUGGCAUUAAAAGAUGAACAAUCAUUUACGUCAUUCAAAUUGAAAACAUACGAUGUUCAGACUCAGUUUGGAAGUAUGCUUAAGUCACAGGCAGCACAAACGCCAGGUGAACAGAGACCCGUCGUCGAAAUGAAAGACAUGAUUACACAACACGAGAAACGUCCAGAACCAAUUGUACACAAAAAAUUACAAGCAAUGGUACAACCGACCACCAUUAACACAGAGACUCAGACGAUGGAAGAGAGACCACCACCGGUUAUCUUGCCACCAAAGUUAUUCGACGUUCAAACACAAUCAGGAUCAGUGACGAUAGAUUCAGAAACACAAACACCACAAGAACGUAGACCAGUAAUCGAAAUGAAAGAGUUGCUUACACAACACGAGAAACGUCCAGAACCAAUUGUACACAAAAAAUUACAAGCAAUGGUACAACCGACCACCAUUAACACAGAGACUCAGACGAUGGAAGAGAGACCACCACCGGUUAUCUUGCCACCAAAGUUAUUCGACGUUCAAACACAAUCAGGAUCAGUGACGAUAGAUUCAGAAACACAAACACCACACGAACAGAAACUAAUCCCAGAUAUAAAGGAUGUGAGUGUAUUUCAUGAGUCACAUCAUUUACAAACAGUAAACAAGAAACUUCAAGCUUUGGUAUACCAUCCAUCUGACGAUGUGUGUUUGCAAACUGAAGAGGUAAGCGUACAGCCUGUCAAACCCGUUGCUCAGGUGUUUUCCCGAGCUCCGCAAGUCGCACAUAAGCAAACACAAGCGGAAUGGCUGAAAGUCAACAUAAAAACAUUUGAUAUACAAGCACAAUCAGGGACGGUAGUCAAGACACAGUCAACACAAACUAUUCUACAAGAACAACCAGUAUUCCAUACUGCAGACGUCAGUGUGAUUCACAGUGAAAAAUCACCUUCACUGGUGAACAAGAAACUUCAGGUUAACAUGCGUCAAUCAGUUGACAACACAAGCACACAGACUGAUCCGAUGACUCAAGUCCCUACUGUAUUACCGAAAACCACGUUCGAUGUUGUGACUCAGUCUGGUACUGUCCACUGUGCACAGUCAGUUCAGACUAUUCCAGAGGAACGACCAGUAUUCCAUACUGCAGAUGUCAGUGUGAUUCAUAGUGAAAAGUCACCUUCAUUAGUAGGCAAGAAGGUUCAGGCAACAAUGCGUCAAUCAUUUGACAACACAAGCACACAGACUGAUCCGAUGACUCAAGUCCCUACUGUAUUACCGAAAACCACGUUCGAUGUUGUGACUCAGUCUGGUACUGUCCAAUGUUCACAGUCAGUUCAGACUAUUCCAGAGGAACGACCAGUAUACCACACUGUCGGUGUAGGAGUUGAUCAGACUGGUAAAUUGCAGCCCGUGGUAUACGAGAAUGUUCAGGCAACAAUGCGUCAAACAGUUGACAACACAAGCACACAGACUGAUCCGAUGACUCAAGUCCCUACUGUAUUACCGAAAACCACGUUCGAUGUUGUGACUCAGUCUGGUACUAUCCACUGUGCACAGUCAGUUCAGACUAUUCCAGAGGAACGACCAGUAUUCCAUACUGCAGACGUCAGUGUGAUUCAUAGUGAAAAGUCACCUUCAUUAGUAGGCAAGAAGGUUCAGGCAACAAUGCGUCAAUCAGUUGACAACACAAGCACACAGACUGAUCCGAUGACUCAAGUCCCUACUGUAUUACCGAAAACCACGUUCGAUGUUGUGACUCAGUCUGGUACUAUCCACUGUGCACAGUCAGUUCAGACUAUUCCAGAGGAACGACCAGUAUUCCAUACUGCAGACGUCAGUGUGAUUCAUAGUGAAAAGUCACCUUCAUUAGUAGGCAAGAAGGUUCAGGCAACAAUGCGUCAAUCAGUUGACAACACAAGCACACAGACUGAUCCGAUGACUCAAGUCCCUACUGUAUUACCGAAAACCACGUUCGAUGUUGUGACUCAGUCUGGUACUGUCCAAUGUUCACAGUCAGUUCAGACUAUUCCAGAGGAACGACCAGUAUUCCAUACUGCAGACGUCAGUGUGAUUCAUAGUGAAAAGUCACCUUCAUUAGUAGGCAAGAAGGUUCAGGCAACAAUGCGUCAAUCAGUUGACAACACAAGCACACAGACUGAUCCGAUGACUCAAGUCCCUACUGUAUUACCGAAAACCACGUUCGAUGUUGUGACUCAGUCUGGUACUAUCCACUGUGCACAGUCAGUUCAGACUAUUCCAGAGGAACGACCAGUAUUCCAUACUGCAGACGUCAGUGUGAUUCAUAGUGAAAAGUCACCUUCAUUAGUAGGCAAGAAGGUUCAGGCAACAAUGCGUCAAUCAGUUGACAACACAAGCACACAGACUGAUCCGAUGACUCAAGUCCCUACUGUAUUACCGAAAACCACGUUCGAUGUUGUGACUCAGUCUGGUACUGUCCAAUGUUCACAGUCAGUUCAGACUAUUCCAGAGGAACGACCAGUAUACCACACUGUCGGUGUAGGAGUUGAUCAGACUGGUAAAUUGCAGCCCGUGGUAUACGAGAAUGUUCAGGCAACAAUGCGUCAAACAGUUGACAACACAAGCACACAGACUGAUCCGAUGACUCAAGUCCCUACUGUAUUACCGAAAACCACGUUCGAUGUUGUGACUCAGUCUGGUACUAUCCACUGUGCACAGUCAGUUCAGACUAUUCCAGAGGAACGACCAGUAUUCCAUACUGCAGACGUCAGUGUGAUUCAUAGUGAAAAGUCACCUUCAUUAGUAGGCAAGAAGGUUCAGGCAACAAUGCGUCAAUCAGUUGACAACACAAGCACACAGACUGAUCCGAUGACUCAAGUCCCUACUGUAUUACCGAAAACCACGUUCGAUGUUGUGACUCAGUCUGGUACUGUCCAAUGUUCACAGUCAGUUCAGACUAUUCCAGAGGAACGACCAGUAUACCACACUGUCGGUGUAGGAGUUGAUCAGACUGGUAAAUUGCAGCCCGUGGUAUACGAGAAUGUUCAGGCAACAAUGCGUCAAACAGUUGACAACACAAGCACACAGACUGAUCCGAUGACUCAAGUCCCUACUGUAUUACCGAAAACCACGUUCGAUGUUGUGACUCAGUCUGGUACUAUCCACUGUGCACAGUCAGUUCAGACUAUUCCAGAGGAACGACCAGUAUUCCAUACUGCAGACGUCAGUGUGAUUCAUAGUGAAAAGUCACCUUCAUUAGUAGGCAAGAAGGUUCAGGCAACAAUGCGUCAAUCAGUUGACAACACAAGCACACAGACUGAUCCGAUGACUCAAGUCCCUACUGUAUUACCGAAAACCACGUUCGAUGUUGUGACUCAGUCCGGUACUCUAUCUUUUACUGUUGGUUGUCAAGCUCUUCUUAUAUCGGAAGAUUUUUUGAUGAAAGAUGUCUCUGUUGAUUAUGUCAAAUCGAUCAAUUCUGGUUUCUCUAAAGCUGUCCAAGCUAGCAUAAAAGUUGAAAGUAAGAACGUUGAAAUACAGUGUGUGAUAAAAGAUAAACGUGUAAUUAAUAUUCGUAAUGCAGAAGCUCAAUUUGACGUACUUUGUCGUCAGGAAGAAACUCAAACAUUUCAUUUACCGUUGACAACUACGAAAGAAGGAAGUGUUCAGCACGCACCAACGACUACACAAAUAAUAAAUAAAAAGCUACAAGUAACUAUUUCCCAGUCAGUUCGAGAGGUAGCCGCGCAAACAUACGAAUCAAUACCAGUCGUAACAGUACCCACGAUGCAAAGAAUUCAUCACCCUGUACAGACACAUGAAAUAUCAUCACAAACUGACAGUCUAGAAUUUUUUGAACGUCAGUCCUACGCGCAAAUCAAAUCCAAAACAAAUGAUGUAGAAAUACAAUCAGGAAUCAUUUGCAAAUCACAGGGAUUGCAGACAAAAUUAGAGCAUAAAACAUUCGGAAUGACGAAAGAAACUAGUACACAGUAUGAGGCAGUACAAAGAACAAUGAUAAAUAUAGAUAUUCAGGCAGAUGCUCAACAUCCAGUGUCCUAUACUUACGUCCAAACAGAUGAAAGUCAACUGAUAAAUAUCAAGCAGAAACACCAGACGAAUGUACAGACACAAUCAGGAAUAAUCCAAAAAGAACAGGGAGCACAAACAAUAGAAGAGGUCCACACCACAGUGAACAAGACCGACGUUAGUGUAACUCAUGAACUCAAAAACCGACAAAUUAACAAGAAGUUACAAGCAACAAUAAUGUCUCAAAUGAAAGACGUAGUCAUACAAACAGAAUUAGUAGGAACCUCUGCACAUCCAACACCGACAAAACCUACAUUUGAUGUGCAAACACAAUCAGGAUCAGUGACGAUAGAUUCAGAAACACAAACACCACACGAACAGAAACUAAUCCCAGAUAUAAAGGAUGUGAGUGUAUUUCAUGAGUCACAUCAUUUACAAACAGUAAACAAGAAACUUCAAGCUGUGGUAUACCAUCCAUCUGACGAUGUGUGUUUGCAAACUGAAGAGGUAAGCGUACAGCCUGUCAAACCCGUUGCUCAGGUGUUUUCCCGAGCUCCGCAAGUCGCACAUAAGCAAACACAAGCGGAAUGGCUGAAAGUCAACAUAAAAACAUUUGAUAUACAAGCACAAUCAGGGACGGUAGUCAAGACACAGUCAACACAAACUAUUCUACAAGAACAACCAGUAUUCCAUACUGCAGACGUCAGUGUGAUUCACAGUGAAAAAUCACCUUCACUGGUGAACAAGAAACUUCAGGUUAACAUGCGUCAAUCAGUUGACAACACAAGCACACAGACUGAUCCGAUGACUCAAGUCCCUACUGUAUUACCGAAAACCACGUUCGAUGUUGUGACUCAGUCUGGUACUGUCCACUGUGCACAGUCAGUUCAGACUAUUCCAGAGGAACGACCAGUAUUCCAUACUGCAGACGUCAGUGUGAUUCAUAGUGAAAAGUCACCUUCAUUAGUAGGCAAGAAGGUUCAGGCAACAAUGCGUCAAUCAGUUGACAACACAAGCACACAGACUGAUCCGAUGACUCAAGUCCCUACUGUAUUACCGAAAACCACGUUCGAUGUUGUGACUCAGUCUGGUACUAUCCACUGUGCACAGUCAGUUCAGACUAUUCCAGAGGAACGACCAGUAUUCCAUACUGCAGACGUCAGUGUGAUUCAUAGUGAAAAGUCACCUUCAUUAGUAGGCAAGAAGGUUCAGGCAACAAUGCGUCAAUCAGUUGACAACACAAGCACACAGACUGAUCCGAUGACUCAAGUCCCUACUGUAUUACCGAAAACCACGUUCGAUGUUGUGACUCAGUCUGGUACUAUCCACUGUGCACAGUCAGUUCAGACUAUUCCAGAGGAACGACCAGUAUUCCAUACUGCAGACGUCAGUGUGAUUCAUAGUGAAAAGUCACCUUCAUUAGUAGGCAAGAAGGUUCAGGCAACAAUGCGUCAAUCAGUUGACAACACAAGCACACAGACUGAUCCGAUGACUCAAGUCCCUACUGUAUUACCGAAAACCACGUUCGAUGUUGUGACUCAGUCUGGUACUGUCCAAUGUUCACAGUCAGUUCAGACUAUUCCAGAGGAACGACCAGUAUACCACACUGUCGGUGUAGGAGUUGAUCAGACUGGUAAAUUGCAGCCCGUGGUAUACGAGAAUGUUCAGGCAACAAUGCGUCAAACAGUUGACAACACAAGCACACAGACUGAUCCGAUGACUCAAGUCCCUACUGUAUUACCGAAAACCACGUUCGAUGUUGUGACUCAGUCUGGUACUAUCCACUGUGCACAGUCAGUUCAGACUAUUCCAGAGGAACGACCAGUAUUCCAUACUGCAGACGUCAGUGUGAUUCAUAGUGAAAAGUCACCUUCAUUAGUAGGCAAGAAGGUUCAGGCAACAAUGCGUCAAUCAGUUGACAACACAAGCACACAGACUGAUCCGAUGACUCAAGUCCCUACUGUAUUACCGAAAACCACGUUCGAUGUUGUGACUCAGUCUGGUACUAUCCACUGUGCACAGUCAGUUCAGACUAUUCCAGAGGAACGACCAGUAUUCCAUACUGCAGACGUCAGUGUGAUUCAUAGUGAAAAGUCACCUUCAUUAGUAGGCAAGAAGGUUCAGGCAACAAUGCGUCAAACAGUUGACAACACAAGCACACAGACUGAUCCGAUGACUCAAGUCCCUACUGUAUUACCGAAAACCACGUUCGAUGUUGUGACUCAGUCUGGUACUAUCCACUGUGCACAGUCAGUUCAGACUAUUCCAGAGGAACGACCAGUAUUCCAUACUGCAGACGUCAGUGUGAUUCAUAGUGAAAAGUCACCUUCAUUAGUAGGCAAGAAGGUUCAGGCAACAAUGCGUCAAUCAGUUGACAACACAAGCACACAGACUGAUCCGAUGACUCAAGUCCCUACUGUAUUACCGAAAACCACGUUCGAUGUUGUGACUCAGUCUGGUACUGUCCAAUGUUCACAGUCAGUUCAGACUAUUCCAGAGGAACGACCAGUAUUCCAUACUGCAGACGUCAGUGUGAUUCAUAGUGAAAAGUCACCUUCAUUAGUAGGCAAGAAGGUUCAGGCAACAAUGCGUCAAUCAGUUGACAACACAAGCACACAGACUGAUCCGAUGACUCAAGUCCCUACUGUAUUACCGAAAACCACGUUCGAUGUUGUGACUCAGUCUGGUACUGUCCAAUGUUCACAGUCAGUUCAGACUAUUCCAGAGGAACGACCAGUAUUCCAUACUGCAGACGUCAGUGUGAUUCAUAGUGAAAAGUCACCUUCAUUAGUAGGCAAGAAGGUUCAGGCAACAAUGCGUCAAUCAGUUGACAACACAAGCACACAGACUGAUCCGAUGACUCAAGUCCCUACUGUAUUACCGAAAACCACGUUCGAUGUUGUGACUCAGUCUGGUACUAUCCACUGUGCACAGUCAGUUCAGACUAUUCCAGAGGAACGACCAGUAUUCCAUACUGCAGACGUCAGUGUGAUUCAUAGUGAAAAGUCACCUUCAUUAGUAGGCAAGAAGGUUCAGGCAACAAUGCGUCAAUCAGUUGACAACACAAGCACACAGACUGAUCCGAUGACUCAAGUCCCUACUGUAUUACCGAAAACCACGUUCGAUGUUGUGACUCAGUCUGGUACUAUCCACUGUGCACAGUCAGUUCAGACUAUUCCAGAGGAACGACCACGAUUCGAUACUGUUGAUGUGAGCGUUGAUCAUUUUGAGACUGUGCCUAUUGUUCGAUCAAUAAUCUCAUCGACCAUGCAUACUCUUCCAAACACUUCACAAUCAACACAAACCACACCUACUAAACUAGCUGAUACAUUCUGUCAAGCGGCGUUAUCCGCUACAACAUACGAUGUCCAAAUUCAAUCUGGAGUAAUACAUUCAAUAGAUGGGACACAGACUGUCGAUUUAAGUUCACCAAUUGAGAUGAAAGAAAUGAGUGUCGCACACGAGAAGGAACGAACUGCUCUGAAAGGGAAGAAACUUCAGGUUCGUUGUGAUUCAACUGAUUUGGGAGUCCAAACAGAUCAAAUUACUCCCAUUGUUCAAUCAACAAUCUCAUCGACCAUGCAUACUCUUCCAAACACUUCACAAUCAACACAAACCACACCUACUAAACUAGCUGAUACAUUCUGUCAAGCGACGUUAUCCGCUACAACAUACGAUGUCCAAAUUCAAUCUGGAGUAAUACAUUCAAUAGAUGGGACACAGACUGUCGAUUUAAGUUCACCAAUUGAGAUGAAAGAAAUGAGUGUCGCACACGAGAAGGAACGAACUGCUCUGAAAGGGAAGAAACUUCAGGUUCGUUGUGAUUCAACUGAUUUGGGAGUCCAAACAGAUCAAAUUACUCCCAUUGUUCAAUCAACAAUCUCAUCGACCAUGCAUACUCUUCCAAACACUUCACAAUCAACACAAACCACACCUACUAAACUAGCUGAUACAUUCUGUCAAGCGACGUUAUCCGCUACAACAUACGAUGUCCAAAUUCAAUCUGGAGUAAUACAUUCAAUAGAUGGGACACAGACUGUCGAUUUAAGUUCACCAAUUGAGAUGAAAGAAAUGAGUGUCGCACACGAGAAGGAACGAACUGCUCUGAAAGGGAAGAAACUUCAGGUUCGUUGUGAUUCAACUGAUUUGGGAGUCCAAACAGAUCACACUAUGUCCACUGUUCACUUGGACAGUAAAUUUACUCAAACUGCUUUAGUUCGUUAUACGGAUGUAUCAUGUCAGUAUACUGAACUCACGAAGCUUUCAUCAACUAGUCAUGCAGUAACGUCCAGAGUUGUUAGCAUUCAAACAGAUGUGCCGUUUUCAACAAACAUACGUGUGGAUCAACGAAACAAGAAAUUCCAAGUGAAUCUAAUAUCGCCUUCAUCACCAAAGACUCCAAUAAAUGUAGCCUCUAUAGGAACACAAACUUCAGAUUAUAGAUACCAGGAUAUAAGUAUUGAACAGGUUGAUAAAACAAUAGUUUCAUCAGUGGAUGCACAUGUGGUUCAUGAUUCAGCGUCUAAUGUGACAAGCACUUCACAAGGAAUACCAAAAAUAAAAAUAGAUCAAGAGUGCCAAGUAAAAAUAACUCCUCAACAAUAUCAAAAGAAACUUCAGUAUGGUUCCUCAUUUUCUACAUUAAAAAAUACAUCUUCUCAAACUAUACAGGACAGUUGUCUUUGUGACCAUCAUAAAACCUCUUCAUCAUCAAGUAUUGGAGUUCAGGCAAGUAAUAUACGACCAGUAGUUACAGUAGAUACAGGGACUCAAGAAACAAAACCAAGUGAGACUUCUCCAUCACCUUUACAAGUUAAGAACAAAAAACUACAAGUCUACCCAUCUAAACUUGGUGAACAAGUAGAAGAAGAAUUUAUACAUCCUCAAGAGACAAUCUCCAAAGGAAUGUCAACCUCAUUAACUGAGAUAACACAGACAGAUGAGUAUUUACUAAAAAAUAUUGAAUGUUUCAAGUGUAUAUCACGGGGAUAUGAUAAGAAAACGAUUGAUAAAGAUAUGCAAUCGGAAGAAAAAUCAAUAAGAACAAAACAAACAGCAUCCGGUACAGUGAAAUCAAAUUACUUUACACGUAUUCUCCAAAUGGAAACUAUUCCUGACAAGCCAAAAGCAUCAGACACAUCCGAUGUGCUGAAACUAUACAGAGAGUCCGGCUAUAGAGCUAGGGAUGAAUCAAAGAAUAUCCAAACUGAUACGUUUUUGUUGGGAAGUAUUCAAUUACCUGAAAGUAGGGAAGUUGAUAGCAUAGGAAAAAUUUCGAAAAAGACCACAAUUGUUCAGUUAGAAAAGUUAACUACGGAUAAGUGUGUAGAUACUAUGCCCUUUGAAAAAGGACUUAUAGAAUCUCAAGUAUCCUAUCAUGAUACCCGGAUAUCUGAAAGGAGGAAUAUAAAGUUACUAAAAGAAACACCAUGGUCAGAAACACAAGUAUCAAAUGUUCUGCAAGAUAUUCAAAUCAACAAGCAGAAUGGAAAUGGAAAGGCUAAGACACCGUAUCAAUAUUUAAAACCAGAUGUUGUAAGUUGGGGAGUACAAUUUGCACCAGUGACACUUACUGGGGUAACGCAAACCACUGAAUCUUCGAAACAUAAGUUAACUAUCGAUUCACCAAUAAAUAUAGGUGUACAAACUGAUGCGAUUGAAGAUGACUAUUAUAUAAAAAGAGUUGUGACGACAAUAGCUAGAAAAGGUUUGUCAUCUUAUUGUCGUCGAGGUCCAGUAGCCAAAAGAAUUGUCGAACACACUGAUCUAUUGACAUCGAGUUUACCUAGUAACUUAGAUGAGGAGUUUGAUGAAGAAACAACAAUUGCACCAAGAACAACGAAGGUCACAACUAUGCAAAAACGUGGAGAUCGUCGAGUAGUACAUGAAGAGUUGCUUACAGAGGACUAUAGGGAAAGAGGAAGUUCACUUGACUCUCAUGUAGCCCACGAACGGUUUCUGAGAGAAACACACCCACAGGAUAUCGAUUUGCAUGGAAUGCAUGAACAUGAGACAGGCAUAUAUACUGAUGCUGAAAUCUGUUUGCAGAAUUUACUGAAAGUUUGGGGAGAGCAAUACUUGCUUUCUAGAUUAAGAACGAUCGGUAGAUACUCAGGGCUUUCAGUUAGUCUUGAUCGAAGUAUACAUACGGCGGAAAAAUCACGGCUAGUUGAAGCGAAGACACAGUUUACUUCAACAGGAAACUUAGUGGGUCAAGUCAGAAAUCUUGAGAACAUGGGAACACAGACUAGUGAUAUUCUCCUUACCACUCGACCUCCACAUAAAAAUAAACGGAUACAACGUGGUCGUAGCUUCAUUUCUGGAGGAACAAAUCAGCCACCACCGACGCGUAGUGGCUCGGUAGUAAGUCCACUGUCGCCGACUACCGAAGAACUGACAAGUCACCAUCGUCAGCACGGGAUAACAAGCAUGCAGACACGUACUUCUCAUCCAUUUAAUUUGGCCACUACCACAUUUACAGAGACUACACAAGAGCAAUCGACAUUCAGUAUUGAACAUACAGUCCAGACUUAUAUAUGUCCAACAUGUGGGAGUCAAGCUAGCAUCCCAGUGACCGUUCAUUCACAAAUACAACCUCAAACACUUCCAAUAACGCAAUUAAAAGACGCCCAAUCACAAACUCGGUUUGUGGGGCAGAUGACAGCUGAUAAUAACAGCACAUAUCUACCAACUUACCUAAGUGAUGAGGAAGUAAUUCGCAUAAAUCAAAGCCAGAAAAUUGAAGACAGAGAAUUUUCGGUGGUGACAUGGCAUCCAGCAGAAAUACGAGAUACAGAACGCCGGAGGGAUAGCGACACAAGUAAUCAGAUACGAGAUGAAGUUUGGGUUGAUAGUCCUGGGAAACUGCUGGAACUCAAAAUAACUGGAGUAAUAGUACCUGGAACAAGCAAAAUCGUUAGCGCAAGUGAAGCGUUUUAUCGUGGUCUACUAAGAGUAGUAUACUGGGAUUAUGAAAAACUUGGACCUAGGCAAUCAUCAGUAGAUUCAACAGUUUCCAUACCACUGGCAGAUGCAGUGAUUUCUAAGGCAGUUCGGUUAGCUAGUGAUAGAAUAUCAACAGAAGCGCAGCCAUCAUUGGAUGCCAAAAUAGUUUGGAGAACACCAGAGAUACAACGAAGUAGGUAUCUAGUACAUUCAAUUAGACCUGAUGCAGGUCAAAACAAACAUAAUCCAAUUAAUCUGGACGUUGCAUCUGCAAUACGAGCUGGUCUAAUUGACAAAGAAACCGGUCGAAUGCUGUUUACACAUUCUGUUUACGAGUCACCAUUCAGUACUGAUUCACCGAUAAGUAAAAAAGGCGAUAGUAGCUCUGACCAAACUGAACGAUUGUCUGUCAGAGAAGCAAUUUUACGCGGAUUUUUAGUUGCAGAAUUAAUAGAACCAGAAUCAUCGUAUAUAACAAAGCAAAGCUUACCAUUUAUUGUCUCAAGCACAAGUUAUUCACACUCUCCAACUGAUGUUGACAUUUGA